AUGUGUGACAUGUUUGCGACCAUCCACGAACGCACCGAGAGCAUCGCCACUACACAUCGUAAGCGUUUCGCAAUAUUCCUCGGUGUCGGCGAACAACACUUGUUUUUUUUUUUUUGAAGAGACACUCGAUUACGCAUUCAUCAAUCCGUACGCCGAUUCGAUAGCUCAAAGUGAGAUCUUGUUGGGUGUAAGUGAGAGGUAAACUUUUUCAGUAGACGAAAUCUACGACCACAUAUCCCCAUCUACAAUAUCGCCCAGUGAAGGUCGGUCUAGAGACCACUUCUAGCACAAUACCCAACAUUUUUUCAGGCUACCGAUUUCUCGAGCACAUAUCCCUUCGGAAUUUUCUAUUCCGUAAGAGCAAAACCGGUUGCUUUUCGCUCAAAAUCGGUUGGCUCAUCCUUUUGAUGGUAAUCAACGCGAUUGUCAUUUGUCUUGCCACGUAUCUUGUCAUAACAGUGCAUAAUCAAAUGAAAACAGGUAGCGAGAGCUAGAUGUUGACUAAAAAUUUGAAGUUUUUAGGUCCAACUUUGUCUACAACAUCCACAGUUUCCUCAACCACAACAAGAAGAGUAACUUCUCCGACGAUCACUAGGACCACCGUAAUCACCACUACUUGUAAGUGCUAGAACCGUUUUGGAUUCUGAAUCAAAUAAACGUUCAGCUCUGAAAAGAACUACGACAAGAGCGACAACUAGUGAGUUUCCUGACACGUCAAAUUUAGAAGGCCUAUACUCGAGCCUUACUAGGGAAUGGCCCGCACUUACCUUCGGGGCUUUUGCAAUGGGACCUAUAUAUGAUUCAAAAGAGAAUUUCACGGAGAAUGCGAAUCUUCUCUCCACUUUUUUUGCUAAAGAGCACUGGCUGCCGAGAAAAUCUGCCUGUUUCUGCCACAUUUUCCUGGCAAGUUCAUCUUCGGCGACCUGUAUCUCAAGAACGACGCGUCCGUUGCAAAAGUGGUCAACUAGUAAGUUAACGCAAAUUAUCUCGUAAAUAACUUUGUAGUUGAUUGUCUAUUUUUUAAAAAAUUAGUUUUCGAGUUACGAACUGUUUUCCUAGAGCGACAAUAAAAAAGUUAGCGCUGGGGUCAGAGCGACGAUAACUCGAAAACUAAUUUUUUUGAAAAUAGACGAUCAACUACAAAAUUAUUCACGAGAUAAUUUGCGUUAACUUACUAGUUGACCACUUUUGCAACGGACGCGUCGUUCUUGAGAUACAGGUCGCCGAAGAUGAACUUGCUAGGAAAAUGUGGCAGAAUCCGGCAGAUUUUCUCGCCAGCCAGUGCUCUUUAGCAAAAAAAUGGAGAGCAGAUUCGGAUUCUCCGUGAAAUUCUCUUUUGAAUCAUAUAUAGGUCCCAUUGCAAAAGCCCAAGGUAAGUGCGGGCCAUUCCCUAGUUAAAAGAAACACUGACUAUUAGAAUACGCGGCCAUACUUUCCGUUCUAACGUGAAUUCUCUUUGCGGCUCCUCUCGUCAGCAGUUCGUCGCCGCGUGGCCCCUGCUUUGAAGCCGAGGACCGAUUGAUCGGAAGGUUCUGCUUCAAGUUGGUCAACCAAAAGCUCUCAUUCAACGACGCCCGAAACUGGUGCCAUAAGCGCAUGAAUCCGGCAUCCUACUUGGCAUAUGUUCCGGAUCAAUUCACUGCAAACUUCCUCGCCGGUAACUCGUCGACUCGCCAAAAAAUCCAACUCUCAUCCAUUUCAGCGUUUGCUCAAACCGCGUUCGGCACUGUGCACGGCGAAUUCUGGAUCGGGCUCAGCCGCAACACGACCACGUGGAUUUGGGACGAUGAAAAAGCGCUCGGGUGGAGCAACUUCAACACUCGAAUGGCGGAUAACUACGCGGCCGAGAGCAUCGUCGACACGAAAUGGAGCACUUUCGAAGCAAAUCAACUAAUGAACUUUGUGUGCAGCUAUGAUCCUUCGCUCACUUUUCCGCCUUAGGCACUUCUCGUUAUUUAUUGUAUGCUCCGUUCAGCGUGUAAAUAUCGAUUUUUGUUCGGUUUCAGUCCAGUCGAUGUUUUGUUGCCGUGAAGCUACUAUAUUCCAGCUGUGUGUAGAGAUAGCAAAAAGUUGCCAACUAAACAAUUGUUCUUCAAGAAAUUGUGCACAUUUUGUUAGUUGACAACUUUUUGAUGAUGUCUCCCCUUCGGCGAAAAUAAUUUUCGCGCGCGGCUCUCAGUGUCGAUUUACGGGAUACAGUUUUUCAACUGAAAAUGAUGUUUUCCCUGAGUUUUUUGGGAUUAUGCACACUUUUUCUUCAAAACUUUUGCCUCAUAUGACCGAUAGCUACAAAAUGAUGACAGAGUUCUUGUGUAAAAGUGAAAAUUCGAAGAACAAUUUCGUUUUUUAGAUAUUUGGCUUGAAAAAACAAACUUUUGGAAAUUUUGAGAAAACAGUUGCCUCACGAUUGUUCAGCAGACAAAGGCGAUCAUUUUGAGCACAGAGACGGCCCAUAAAAUGCAAAAAUCACUGAGAAAUUUCAGUUUUUGAGGCGCCGGACUGAAAUUCACAGAAAAUUGCGCGCGCUUUCUUGCGCGCUUUCUUGCGCGCUUUCUUGUGGGAAAAACGCGAAUUUAACGUCACAGCUGUCAUUAACAAUUCUGAAAUGCUCUGUUUUACUUCAUUUUUCUCAUUUUCCAAUGAAAUUUCGGGUUUUCGGAAAAAAUCAUUCAGAAAUUUCAGACCUGCUUUUGUUUUCAACGACACUCCGUUUUAACGCGGCGCUCAAUUUAGCAUUAGCUAUUGGGGAGACAGUGCGCGUUAACCGACAAAAGAGAUAUAGCGUCCUCCCGAAUAAACGGUAUUUAUAUGGCACAAAAUCAAAAACUGCGUGAACUCCAACGACAUGGGACAGCCUACAACUGGGAAUGUGCAAAAAGUAUUUCAAUGAUUUCCUGCUGCUCUUCUCGCAGAUUGAAAGCGGGCAGAAGCGUUCCCCUCAACUGGAAUGAUCUGCCAGCCGAGAUGAAGAUGGAGGUGAUCAUGAGGACUGAGUUCUUUACAAAGUUAGCUCUCAAUUUUUGGGGCUAUUCAGGGGAUGAAAAAAUGAUUGUUUUCCGUUUUUUUUUCCCUAUUCAGCGAUGUCAAAAAAAUGGAAAAAAAACGGAGAGAAAUGCAUCGCUCGCAGCGUUUUUUUCCGGCGGGUCUCGCAGCGAUUUCCCGGACGCGAGUGGAUUUACGAGAAGGGGGAAUUUUUUUUUUCCAAUUUUUCAGCGAAAUUACCACGUUUUCCCGCUAUUUUCAACCGAUUUUCAACGGAAUUUCAGUUCUUAUUUAUCUGUUAUGGUAACUGAUGCGAAAUUGCCACGUUUACCGCUAUUUCCGGCCGAUUUCGCUUGAAUUCUUUUUUUUUUGUUGAUAGUUUCGAGUGCCUAGUCAUAUCGUUCAAAACAUUGAGCUUUUCGGUGAAAAUCGGUUCAAAAUAGCGGGAAAAUGUGGCAAUUUCGAUGAAAAAUCAGAAAGUUUUUCGUAAAUCCACUCAUAAAACGUCUCUCACAGUAGCCGCAUGCUGCUUCGCGUCCGGGAAAUCGCUGCGAGACCCGCCUGCGCGCGAUGCAUUUCUUUCCGUUUUUUUCCAUUUUUUGACAUUGCUGAAUAGGGAAAAAAAAGCGGAAAACAAUCUUUUUUUCAUCCUCUGAAUAGCCUCAUUUCAACGCCCCGCUUUUCGAUUGCUAAUUUUCCGAUUCACUUUACGUCAAUGCUCGAAAUCCGAUAAGUUUCUCGUCGACGCGACGCCUCUUCACAUUCCCUACUUGCGCAUCCUACCGCGAGAGGAACUUGGCUGCACCGGUUGGUGGAAUCGAAAAGUGGAACGACGCGAAACGGACAACGUGGUGGUGGUGUUCAGCGAAACGGAAAUUGUCGAGUUCCGUCCGGUGCGUUCGCGCGACUCGCAGGGACUCGUCACACUUCUCCUCUCCGCCAAGAAUGUUCGCAUCGACUGUGUGGACACGGUGUUCAUGCGCGACGAAUUCGAUCUGGGAAGCGAGUGCAAACCGCGCAACAUUAACAAAUGGAUAAUCGGACGCAGACAAUCGCCGCACUUUGUCAAACAGUUCGGCACGAACGGAGGUAUUCGCCACGUGUUGAUCAGAAUUGUGAACAUAUUUCCGACGGACGGAAUGGGCGUGCUCAUGUUCCGUGUCAUCGAUCUCAACGCAUCCUUGCUCAACUGUCACUCGAUGAAGGCGAUCGACGUCGUCGACAUGUGGCAUCUGGUUGACUGUGUCGCUCGCCUCCGCAAUGCCGAUAUUCUUGUGUCGAUCGGAGCCGACGUUGAACACGUGUGGGACAUGCUCGUCAACGUGCCCGACGGAGCCAUCGACGCUCAAGAUCCGAACAUUUGGAGAUGGAUCAACGUGGACAAACCGGCGGGAGUGUGCGUCGCAAACAAGUCGUCGUGCGGUCAGCUUGUCAGAAUUUGUAGAGAGGACGCGGUAAGCAUCGGAUGUUUUUUUAUAUUCAGGCUGUGAAAAAAAUGAUUGUUUUCCGUUUUUUUUUGUUUUUUUUACGUCAAAAAAUCCAAUUCAGCGAUGUAAAAAAAAAACGAAAAAACGGAAAACAAACAUACGCUGAAUCGCCCCAUUAAAGUAUAGGAAAAUGGCGUUUCACGGUCUCCAGAGCUGACAAUAUGGGCGUGGCCUCGGCGGCCAAAUGGCGCUUUCAUGAAUUGAGCAGGUUUUCUCUGAUUUUUGUGGUCAAAGGCGAUGAAAAAUGGGUUUCGACAUGAAAAAACACUAAUUCUCACAGAAUUAAUGACGUUUUGGCGCAUUUUUCGCGGACUUUGCUUUUUCGCCUUCGUCGCCGAUCGCCGCCUAAAAACCGCACUUCUCAUUUUGCGCUUUCUUGACCGUUUUCAGACAGAAUUGGUUUUGAGAAUGAUAAAUGACGUAAAUACAAGCAUUUUGAGCGCUCGAACCGCGUAAAUUACCGAAAAGCAAGUGAAAUUCACGCAGUUUUAGCCAAAAACCUUCAAACUUGACCAAAUUUAACGCUCUUUCGCUUAAAAAAUUCGUAAUAGCCUAUACACUCGGUCUAUCGAGACACAAUUGAAAAAUAAUCGAUUUUUCGUGGCUAAUCUGGCGAAAAACACAAAUUUUGCUGUAAAAAUUUGAAUUUCGCGCCAAUCUAUCGCUCUAUUGGGCCCAUUGUCAGCUCUGGAGACGGUGAAAACGCGUUUUGACAGAAUCUCGAGAACAUUCCGGGAGCGUGCACCGAAAAGUCCGAGUUUCCGUUCGAAGAGUGGAUGUACAUAAAGCUGGAGAUGGAGGAAAUACGCAAACGAACGACGCUCGAGAUGAAGGCGAGACAAAUGACGGAGGAUUUUGGCAAGUGGAGACUGCUCAAAUGGCUUUCGAACAGUUGA